ACCAAACUGUAUUUUUCACGGAGCCCAAAUGUCCAAAUGUCCAGAUAGAGCUGUCUGAAUAGACUCUGUGCUGUUCCCUUUAUCUGAACAUGUUUAACAUCUGAAUUAUCUCCCGGUGUCCUACGAAGCUAAUGCAGUUAGCUUAGCUUGCUAGCUGGAAACAGUCUGGAGGAAAAGCUGCUGUGAAUUAGUAAAAAUGUCUAAAGUGGAGAACGAGGAGGAACUUUGUGGACAACGCAAACUACUGGACGCUGUUUUCAAGCCUGGAGCAGACGUCCAGCUGCUGUUGGUGAGUAAAGAAGUUCCCCCUGAGCAGCACGAGUGGAGCCCCAGUCUGGACCAGGAGGACCCACCUGAGCCACCACAUAUUAAAGAAGAGAGGAGCCCCAGUCUGGAUCAGGAGGACCCACCUGAGCCACCACACAUUAAAGAGGAGAGGAGCCCCAGUCUAGACCAGAAGGAUCCACCAGAAACACCACUCAUUAAAGAGGAGAGGAGCCCAAGUCUGGACCAGGAGGACCCACCAGAUCCCCCACGCAUUAAAGAGGAGUGGAGCCCCAGUCUGGACCAGGAGGACCCACCAGAACCCCCACCCAUUAAAGAGGAACAGGAGGAACUCUGGACCAGUCAGGAGGGAGAGCAGCUUCUAAGGCUGGAGGAGGCUGAUAUCAUCAAGUUCACAUUCACUCCUGUCCCUGUGAAGAGUGAAGAAGAUGAAGAAGAGAAACCUCAGUCCUCUCAGCUUCUUCAAGGAUUAACUAAACAGAUGAAAACAGAAGCUGUUGGCGAGGACUGUGGAGGACCAGAUCCAGAUAUACAUUUACGAGAUACUGAUGACAAGACAUCACACCCCUCUGAACCUGAGACUGAUGACAGCUGUGAUUGGGAGGAGACCAGGGAACCUCAGUCAGGUUCAAACCUUCUGCAAAACAAUGAAGUACCUGUAAAUGAUGUGAAAUGUAAUACUGGAAAAACAUCAAGGAGCUCCUCUGAAUGUGCUACAAGCCUUGGGGACAUAGAACAUCUGCAAGAAAAAUAUGGACUCCAAACAGGAGAGAAACCUUUUAGUUGCUCAAUUUGUGGUAAAGGAUACCAGGGGAAGAAGUCCUUAAGGAAUCAUACGAGACUUCAUUCAGAAGGAAAACGUUUCAGCUGCUCAGUUUGUAAGAAAACUUUUCAAUGGAGAGGAGAUGUUGUGAACCAUAUGAGAGUCCAUACAGGGGAAAAACCUUUCAGUUGUUCUUUCUGUGGUAAAGCAUUCACACACAGCACAAUUUUGACCAAACACUUAAGAAUUCAUACAGGAGAAAAACCUUUCAUAUGCUCAGUUUGUAAAGCAAGUUUCGGUCGCAGAUGUGAUUUGGUCCAACACAUGAGAAUGCAUACUGGCGAGAAACCGUUCAGUUGUUCAGUGUGUGGUACAAAAUUUGCACGAAAGGAACUUCUCAGAGAACACAUUAGAAUCCACACAGGGGAAAAACCAUUUGGUUGUUCUGUUUGUGGCAAAAGAUUCACACAAAGGUCAUGUCUGACCACACAUAUAAGAGUUCAUACAGGAGAAAAACCUUUCACAUGCUCAGUUUGUAAAACAAGUUUCAGUCGCAGAAACAAUUUGUCCAAUCACAUGAGAAUCCAUACAGGGGAAAAACCAUUUAGUUGUUCUGUGUGUCGUAAAACAUUUGGAGAAAAGGGACAUCUGAGGCAACACAUGAGAAUCCACACCAGGGAGAAACCAUUUAGUUGCAGCGUUUGUGAUAAAAGAUUCACUCAGCUUGCUCAUCUCAAAAAGCACAAGUGUGCUGGUGAGAGCAGUGGAAGUAAAUGAAGCUGCAGAGAUGAUUGUAGAGUCAAUUCCUUCCAGCAGGGUUUGAAGUACUGAGGGCAAGACUCGCACUGAUUAGUUCCAAACUGUGACAUAUGGGAUUAGUUUCCUAUAUUUAUUGAAGAGCUUGCUAUUUCAAUGGGCGCAUCACUUAUUGAUAUCGCAUUCGGAUUUUGUAAUGCUUUCCCUGAAAACCCUGCUCUUGCAUUCAAUACAAUUAAAAAAUGUACGAUACCAGUACCAAGGCCAGUACACUUAGAAAGAUACUGAUACUAAUAGAGUACUUCCUUCAAUACCUUAGGUAAAAUGCCACCGGAUGAAGCCAUAAUACUUAAUGGUAUUAUUAUUUUUAAAGUCUUAAAUUUGAUAAUCUAAAAAUAAGGCCUUAAAAGUAUUAAAUUUCAUUUACAAAGUGUUAAAUUUUGUUUGCAGAGGUCUGAAUUUUUUUUCUUGUCCUUUCGUAGGAUUACAUAAAUGCCGAAACAUCACAAGUAAUUAUUUCAUAUAUUGUGUGUGUGACUUUACAAUUUACUCUGUUUGGUGUAACUUAUUAUACGGCAGUACAGGUAACAUUAUUGUUUACAUCAGUGUUCAGCUUUACGCACUGUGUUUGCGCCGCACGAGCUCUGGCAUCCAAGCUCUGGCGCUAAUCGUCAGUUCGUCAGGAAAGAAAACAAAACGUCGCUGACGUGCUACUAACAAGCUAACGCUAGCUCGUAGACUCAGACCAGAGAUACGGACAAUUUGGCGGAGGUUAGCACAACAAGCGGGUUGGUGUGCAAGUAAGUUACACUAUGGCGAGCGCUGAAAAAACAGCUGAGCUGAAAGACACUCUGCAGGUUCCUGCAUGUGCUGAACGAGUAAAAAACUAACCGGAGCCCAACUCCUUGUCCCCGCUGCUUUAUAAAACUAUAUUUCAAGCAGCCUUUAGAUGCAAAAACAGAUCAGGAUGAAUUAUAACUAAAGCAAUUGGCAUUUACGUUGUCCUGUUAGAUUACAUAAGAAAGUGAGUAUUAUUAUUAAUGUUAUAAAAUUCAGGUAACUUCGUAUAUAAUAAUUUUUUUUUAAAGAGUCUCCAUUAUACGGCAGUGACAUUGGCAUUAAAUUUCAUCCUAGGUGGAAUUAAAAAGGUCUUAAAUUUUACUUCUGGUGGUGCCCUGUGUUAUGGACAAGCAAGGUGAUCUAUUUUAUUUUUUCUUGUUUGAAAUAACUGUUAUAUAAGAAUAAUAGAAUAUUGUAUCACAUCACUCCUCAUCCUAAUUAGGUCAUCCUCACGGGUAGUUUCAUCAGAGGAUAGACGACGGCUUGGGAGUUUUUUGUAUUUAAAUGAGAGAGGAGGAGUGAAAUAGUUGAGUGAAGACUGUGAAGCUGUGGAAAACAACUUUGUUUGAUGUGUUUGUGAAAAGUAAACAACUGAGAAUAAUUUUGGUAACUUUGGAACAAUAAAUCUUGAAGAACUGAA